GCAGUCCCAAGCGUUUCCACGCCACAGCACCUCUACUGGACAGGAGGAAGUAUUAUACAAGGCUAGUCUGUGGCUAGCUAACACGAUACUGUAUAGCUAAAAUAUUUAACACUGGCACAGGAAUUUAAAACGAAUUAAACCGGGGAUUUAAAGACGAGACGGUGGAAGAUAAGAAGAAGAGAGCUGUAUAAUCACUGAAUGGAUGUGUGUUUACACUACAAAAGCGACCAGGAUAAAUCGGAUGAUUUGGUGUCUAUAUCCGAGAAAGCUCUAGAGGACUUUCCACGUCGUGUUUUGCCAACAUUUACACCUUGGUUUCCUUCUAGCAUUGACGGAUUUUAUCCAAUCAAACCUAAAAAGCCUCCUCCAGUCAUUUUAUUUAAUCAGCAGAAAAGUUCAGAGUUUCCCCCACAAGCACCAGAGUUUGUUUUUCCUUCAAGUUGCUGUACAGAUGAUCAAGAGAACUUUGUAAAAAACAGUAAGAGGAAAUCAAUAGCAGUUUCUGAACCUGAUGAUGAACACUCAAAGGCAGAUUUGGAGAAUGUCCCAAAGAAAUGUAAACGCUCCUGGAGUGCCUUUCCACCAAAAACGAAAACACCUCCAAGAACACAAUGCAUCUCUAGACAUUUCCACAAAACUGUACAGAAAUAUGGACUUGACUUGCAACAGAGAGCGAAAUGGGUCAUUUCUGAGCUGAACUGUGCGCCACAAAGCAUUGAGGAGGUUUGGUGCAAGCUCAGCCAUGCUAUUAAGCACUCUAGGCUUCCAACAUGCAAUGCCAAUUAUCAAAGAAACUUGACCCAAAUCUGGGUGUACUCUGACAUAUCUUACUGUGAAUAUAUUGGAAAGUUCAUGCGGGAAAAUUUCCAGCUCUCAGGGGAGCUCACUUUAGCAGUCCAUAAACUAGGAGACAUAUUUAAAAUGUGAGGAGUAGAUAGUCGGAUGUCAAUAUUAGUAAGUGAGGGCACAAUAUCUGUUGAAUUUAGUCGAUAAAAGGUGAUGAAAUCGCUAACAUAUCUUCACGUGUGCAUAAAUUGAAAUAUGUAAAUAUGUUGAGUUUUAAAUGGUCUUUUACUUUUUAAAAUAAGAAUAUAUGAGGCAAAAUCUCAAUGUUUUUUAAGCAGGCUUUAUUUAAGGAUUUAAGAUUUUAGUACAUUGUCUGACAUGAAUUGUAAAUAACUUUCAUUAAACAGAAAACCUGAAGUUUUAUGAACCACGUCCACCUUCUGACUU